AUGAGGACCUUUGCCCUCCUCACCGCCAUGCUUCUCCUGGUGGCCCUGCAGGCUCAGGCAGAGGCACGCCAGGCAAGAGCUGAUGAAGCUGCCGCCCAGCAGCAGCCUGGAGCAGAUGAUCAGGGAAUGGCUCAUUCCUUUACACGGCCUGAAAACGCCGCUCUUCCGCUUUCAGAGUCAGCGAAAGGCUUGAGGUGCAUUUGCAGACAAGGAGUUUGCCAACUGUUAUAA